CUUUUUUAAUUAAAUAUGGUCAUAAAGAAUUGUAUACAAAUUUUGAAGAAAAGACAAUGAUUAUCAACUUAAUUAUAUCAACUAUCAGGAUAUUUAUUAGAUUAUUUAGCAUUGAUAGUAUGUAUUUUAGUCGUGAAUAUCCUGAAAUGCAUUAUUCUUCUUUACUUCAUAACCCUAUCUUUUUAAAUUUGUUUGCAUCACAGAAUUGGCAAUAUAUUAUUGGACAAAGAAACGACAAAGAUGAUGAUAAAACCCAUUUAUCAUUAAUUCCUGAUUCAAAAUUAAUCAAUAAAAAAAUGAACAAAGAGAUACUUGUGAUUGAAAAAGCAAAAAAAACUUAUGUAGAAGAUCGUAGAAAAUUCAAAACAGAUAAAACAAAAUUAGGGAUUUUACUACAUGACCAAAUUACUUCCAUUUAUAAAGAAUUACUACAAGAAGAAAAAG